AUGAAUGAUGCCAAGGCAUAAAAUGAAGAUUAAAAUUACACUAUAGAAAAUAUACAAGAUCAGAAUAAUCUAAAUUCAAUCUCGUAACUUAAAUAGUUUGAAAGUUCUCAGCAAAUCCAGCCUUCUUAAUUCGAGUAACCUAUUGUCAUUAGUUAGUACCAGCCAGAACACGGAAGCGAAACUAAGAUUGAUGAAGGAAAAGCCAAAAUACAAACUGGUAUCAAUAUAUAAGGUUUGACAAAUAUAGGCAAUAUUUAAAACUAGAUAAUAAAUUCUGAAUUAUAAUUUGCAAAGGAACAAUAGAAUAAUACCUUGAAAAAAAGCAACGGUAAAGGAAAGAUUAAGCUAGAUUAUGGAUUCAAAGCACUAUUAAGAGGUCUUAGACUUUGUUUAAAGCAAGCUAUGCAUGGCUCCGGUCUUUUUUAAGGAAGGCAUCAUUUUUCAGAUGAAAAAUUAUAUGAUAAAACAAAAGAACUGAUGAUAAAGAAAUUAGGUUUUGAUGAAAAGAAUAUGUCACAAAGAACAAUUUACAUAGUACUUUUGCUUUUAAAUCCCGCAAAAGGUAUUUAAACAUAGAAGGAGAAACUACAAGGACAUCCUUAAUUUUUCCAAGACGAGAUAAUUGUAGAACUUUGGCCGUUUAUUUAAGCAAACUUGGAAUACAAGUAGUGUUUUAAAGACAAGACUCCUAAGCCCAAUAUGAAACUCACCUAUCAAUAAAUAACUAAGAUACUUACAUCUCAGUUCAACCUCAUUCCUCCAAACUGGUGGCUAGACUUAUUUAGUUGA